AUGAUACCAACAAAUGUCAUGGUUUGUGCUGGACACGUGCUGCUAGAGCAAGGACUUCCUGCAGGUGUGGACAAGGAGCUGCUCAGUCUGUACUUUGAGAACAGACGCAGACGUGAAGCCGUCGGACAAGAAGCACAACAAGGAAGUGAACGUGACAACUCUGAAUGCUUCAACUUAGGCUUAUGCGAAGUAAAACAGGAUGACAGAGAGCCAGCCGGGGCGUGUGCUGCAGACGCAGGUCUGGAGGAGGUCCUCUGCUCUCUGUGGACAUCAGAGGAGAUGCUGCCACACUGCUGUUUGAGGAGUCAGACGCUGCAGCUCGGGUGCUCUCCAAACACCACCAUCACCAGCAUUGAGACGAUUGAGCUGUAUGUGGAGAACCUCAUGAACCUCAACUUACCGGACUACAAGCUGUUCCCCUCAGUGGACAGAACACUCGUCCUCAUUCAAACCGGAAAAGCCCUCGCACAAGAUUUUCAACGGCUCAGUGAGCGAAUCUCAAAAAGACGGCUUCAUGGAUCAGCCGUGACUCUUGAAGAAGUAACUGAGACGGAUGCAGUGUGUGUGGAGAACGUCCACCCAGGCACCGCUGCAGACGUGCUCUCUCAGUAUUUUGAGGGGCCUGGAGGAGGCGCUCAGCGUGUGAAGGAGGUGGUCAUGCUGUCAGAAGGAUCAGCAAAAGUCACGUUUGUCAGCUUUGAGUCUGUUGGCCUGGUCCUGGGCCACACUCACAACCUGGAAGGCACUGAAUUGGUGUUAAAACCAUACUUUGAUUUUCUCCAACCCAAAGAUGUCUCCCCGUCAUUACCCGAGCCUCAACCCGAGCCUCAACCCGAGCCUCAACCCGAGCCUCAACCCGAGCCUCAACCCGAGGCUCAACUUGAGCCUCGACUUGAGCCUCGACUUGAGCCUCAACUCGAGGCUCAACCCGAGCCUCAACCAGAGCCUCAACCCAGCAGCCUUGUCAUCACAAACCAAGCUUCGGUGGACCAAGACGAUAACGCAAUGCAGAUCACUCCCAUUGAAAUACCUAUUUUAGAAAGCGCUAGCAGCCCUGAUCCCCCAGUGGAAGUCAUGGAGGACUCUCAAACAGAUGAGGUUCAAAUCUCAACAGAAAUUAUUGCCAUUCAUUUGCAGAAACUGGCUCUUUUUCAGAAAAGCACACUACAGCGAGACAUCCAAAGAACUCAUCCGGAUUACAACAUCACAAUUGAAAACGAGGGCCUCUCCAUCACGGGUCCAAAAGGGACAGAAAUGGACAAAGUAAAAUGUACACUCAUGGAGUUUUUUUGUAACAUAACUGAACUCACUCUGACUGUAGAGCUCGAGAAAGCCCAGUUUUUAGCACAGAAAGACGUCGAAGUCAGGCUCAAGCAAAUGAUCAACCAAAUGGACCCAUCGACUUCGUACGUGCUCUCCGAUCGCAGCGUCGUGGUGACAUCGGUGUCGGAAGAUUCUGCACGACAAGCAGCCAGCCUGUUAGAAUCCCAAGUUUGCAGCUUCAGCAUGCAAGUGGACCCGAAGUACGAGAGCAUGCUGUAUUGUCGGGAGUGGCAGGAGUUCUGUCAGGCUCUGGGGUGUGUGAAAGUGGCAGAACGAGGGGCCAAUCUGGAUGUGCUCACUCUGAAGGGGAUGGAGCAGGAAAAGCAGGCGGCCAUAUUAACUUUCCUCACCACGCCGAUGGAAAGGGAGACUUUUAUUCAGAUGGAGCCAGGCAGACUUAAAUACAUCCAGAGAUACUCUCAUCAGCUGCUGGCAGAUAUGACAGAGGUGUCCAUUAUCCCCAUGGAGACGGGGGACGUGUGCGGUUUAAAGAUCCAUGGCCACCCCACUGCGUGCCAGAUCGCUGAAGAACUCCUCCAAGGCCUGGUGAAUGACAUCUGCACCAAAACCAUCACCGUGAUCGCUCCCGGAGUCACACGCUACUGGCAAACGGAGGAAUCCAAGAUGAUGUUUCACAACAUGGAGACCAGGUUCCACGUCAGCAUCUUCCCAGAGAUGGUGCCCUGGGAGCCACCGACCAACCAGAACAUGCUUGAAUGUGCAUGGAAGCUGACAGCUGACAAAAACUUUGUCACUCGACCUCCUGCUAAUGGUUUACCGGAGGAUGCGAUGCAAACUGACAACGCAGAAGGAAACACUAGUUUGAUCAAUGAGGCCAAAAAGAUCGUUUCGGUCACGCAAGAAAGUCCGCCGCUGCCUCUCACAGACACAUUGGAAGACAUGGACAAUAUUGACUUGUACACUGCCGAGGAACCUGCUGAUGCAUUAAGUCAAGAAUCUUUAACAGCACAGGAAAAUAGUUCAGAAAAUGGAGCAACAGGUUUUUCACGUGACUUGGAAGAAGAAGCCCAAUUGUCUCUUGCCAUCCAAUACUCUAUGGAGUCAUCAAAUCAAUGGUCUGUGGACAACGAAGACGCACAACUGAAAAAAGCUUUAGAAUUGUCCAAGGAAAUGAUAAAAGAAAUGCCAAACCCCGUAACGCCUACCAAGCGCUCGCUUCAAGACACAAUCCAGUCGGCGAACAUUCUGAACUUGGUUGUGUUCGCAAACUACAACUCCGACUUGAUUCGCGUGGACAUAGCUUUCAACAAGAGAGUGACCCAAAGUCAAGAUGAGCAAAAGUUGGAGCACAGAUGCCUAAGAUACAUGUCCGAUUUCCACAAGACGUGUUUGGAUGUGAUCAGGAGAAACCACGCCGUUAAGAUUGAGUUAUUAGGCACAAUAAUCAGCGUCUCAGGGUUUAAAAAAUAUGUGGAGGAAGCGAUGCCUAAUGUGAAACUGCUUUUAGAGAAAUUAGCAGAUUCUGUAUCGGAUAAGGAGAUUCUAAAGCGCGGCCAGUGGCUCCAUUAUGACUCGAAUAUGAGGCACAAGACUCCAUAUCCUUCAGAUUUGAGCGUUCUCAUAGAGAUGGCCUGGAGAAUGAGGAUGAAAACACUGGAAGUCACACUGGACAAUCAGCCACACAUCAUUAACAUUGAGAGGAUGGAAGUAAACAACAUCGCAUCAGGAGAAAACAUAAAGAUCGCCAGAGAGGUAGUCAACCCAGGAGAAGGAGCAGACGCAGCUGUACCAGAAGAGGAUUACUCUCUCCUGUCAAACCUGCCUGAGGCAACCAGAGUCGAUGAACAAUCAGAAGAAUUUCAGACAGUGGUGAAGAAUUUCUAUGAGACCAUUCAGCAGUGGCAUAGUAAAGUCCGAAUAAUCAAGGUGGACAAACUGAUGAACAAACUGUUAUACAGCCAGUACCAGCUGAAAAAGUCCAGUGUGAAGCAGGCUGCUGUUUAUCCACAAGUGGAACGCACUCUUUAUCACGGCACCAGCGAGAGCAGCGUCAAGGAGAUUUGUGUGCAUGGAUUCAACAGAAGCUUCUGUGGAAAGAACGCUACUGUCUAUGGCCAAGGAGUGUAUUUCGCCGUGAACUCCUCCCUAUCCAUAGCAGACCAAUAUUCUCCUCCAAACAUAGAAGGACACAAGUUUAUCUUUGUGGCUAAAGUUCUGACCGGAGACUACACCAAAGGAGACCACUCCAUGAAGACCGCCCCUCUGAAGGAGACCGGGGACAUUCCUCUGAGAUACGACAGCGUAACAGACAACAUCACCAAGCCUACCAUCUCCGAGGUUGUUUUCGUGUUUGGCAUAGGUUCUGAGGAGAGUCCUACAACAUUCUACUGUAACUUCAUCUCCAGUACAGAAAAGAAUCUAGUGGUUGCAGGAACAUCCCAACUCUUUGUCUACAAAAUAAUCCAUGAUGUUGAGAGUACAUCAAGAUCAGACAAACCUUCAGACAGCAGACCUCGGAAAGAAAAGCUGGAGCAGGUGGCUGCUUUCUCACUUUUUGGUAAUAUUAUGUCAAUGGAAAGUGUGCAGCUAGUCGGAUCCAACAGGGAUGCACUUCUGCUAAGCUUUAAAGAUGCAAAGUUGUCAGUAGUAGAGUAUGAUCCUGGGACACAUGACUUGAAGACAUUAUCUCUUCAUUAUUUUGAAGAGCCAGAACUUCGGGAUGGUUUUGUUCAAAAUGUACACAUACCUGUAGUUCGUGUGGACCCAGAGAACCGCUGUGCUGUUUCUCUAAUAUAUGGCACAAGGCUUGUGGUGUUGCCAUUCAGAAAGGACACGCUCACGGAUGAGCAGGAGAACGGUGUCGGGGAAGGACCCAAAUCCAGUUUUCUACCCAGUUACAUUAUUGACAUUCGCGAGUUGGAUGAAAAGCUGCUGAACAUCAUCGACAUGAAAUUCCUUCAUGGAUAUUAUGAGCCCACAUUAUUGAUUCUGUAUGAGCCCAAUCAAACAUGGCCAGGGCGUGUAGCUGUACGUCAGGACACGUGCAGCAUCGUUGCUAUCUCUCUCAACAUCAUGCAGAAGGUUCAUCCCGUCAUCUGGUCCCUAAGCAACCUGCCUUUUGACUGCACUCAGGUCAUGGCUGUUCCUAAACCUAUUGGUGGGGUGGUGGUCUUUGCUGUCAAUUCCUUGCUGUAUUUGAAUCAAAGCGUUCCUCCGUAUGGCGUUUCUUUGAACUCUCAGACGAACGGCACAACCGCCUUCCCUCUGCGCGUUCAAGAUGAAGUAAAGAUCACACUGGACUGCUCCCAGGCUGACUUUAUCGCUUAUGACAAAAUGGUGAUAUCUCUAAAAGGAGGAGAAAUCUAUGUGUUGACCCUGAUAACGGAUGGAAUGCGGAGUGUGCGGGCGUUUAAUUUUGACAAAGCCGCUGCCAGUGUCCUCACAACAUGUAUGGUGACUAUGGAACCAGGAUAUCUCUUCCUGGGGUCUCGUCUUGGGAACUCGCUGCUUUUGAAAUACACAGAGAAACUCCAAGAAACUAGAUUAGAAGAAGCAAAAGAGACACAAGAUGAGGAAGAAGAGAAGGAAAAAGAUAAACAAGAGGAACCUCCAAAUAAGAAGAAGCGCGUGGAAUCCUCAGCAAACUGGACUGAUGAAGUGGAUGAAAUAGAAGUGUACGGUAGUGAAGCCCAGUCUGGGACACAGUUGGCGACCUACUCUUUUGAGGUGUGUGACAGUAUACUGAACAUUGGACCCUGUGGGAAUGCUUCUAUGGGAGAACCUGCCUUUUUGUCUGAAGAGUUUCAAGACAACCCUGAGCCCGACCUGGAAGUGGUUGUCUGCUCUGGAUAUGGUAAAAACGGUGCAUUGUCUGUCCUCCAGAGAAGCAUUCGCCCGCAAGUAGUCACCACAUUUGAGUUGCCCGGCUGUCACGACAUGUGGACCGUCAUUGCAAGUGAAGAGAAGAAACCUGCAAAGCCUGAAGAUGCAGAGGAGAGUGCAGAGGCCGAAACCAACGAGGAGACAGAAGAAGGAGAGAAGAGUGAAAAAGAGGAGAAGGAGAAAGAGGGGAAAAAAGAGAGUGAGGAGAGUUCUGAGCCCCCCCUUGAGGACGAUUUGAAGAAGCAUGGCUUUCUCAUCCUCAGCAGAGAGGAUUCCACCAUGAUUCUACAAACCGGUCAGGAGAUUAUGGAGUUGGACACCAGCGGUUUUGCUACUCAGGGACCGACUGUAUUUGCUGGAAACAUUGGCAAAAACAAAUACAUCAUCCAAGUCUCGCCGAUGGGCAUCAGGCUGCUGGAAGGAGUGUCUCAGCUGCACUUUGUCCCUGUGGACUUGGGCUCUCCCAUAGUGCACUGCUCUGUGGCGGAUCCCUAUGUGGUGAUCAUGACUGCAGAAGGAGUGGUCACCAUGUUUGUGCUCAGGACUGACUCGUACAUGGGAAAAACUCACCGGUUAUCUCUUCAGAAGCCCCCUAUUCAAUCUCAACCGCGAGUGAUAGCGCUUUGUGCGUACCGGGAUGUGAGUGGAAUGUUCACCACUGAGACCAAAGUGAGCUGCUCUGUCAAAGAUGAAAACCUCUUCAGGAGUCAGUCUGAGACUGAAACAUUCAUCCAUGACAUGAGUAACACCGUGGAUGAUGAGGAGGAAAUGCUGUAUGGAGAUACGAGUAUCAACGACACUUCUGCCAAAGAGGACUGGGGCCAAACGUCAGGAGCCCAUGGGGCUUCUGGGAGUGGGGAGGGCGGAGCCAAAGUGGAGCCCACCCACUGGUGCAUGAUCAUCAGAGAGAAUGGAGUCAUGGAGAUGUAUCAACUUCCGGAAUGGAGAUUGGUGUUCUUGGUGAAAAACUUCCCCGUGGGACAAAGGGUUUUGGUCGACAGUUCCUCUGGACAAUCAGCAGCCCAGGGGGAGGGCAAGAAAGAAGAAGUGACUCGCCAAGGAGACUUGCCAUUGGUUCGAGAAGUCUCCCUGGUUUCUCUUGGAUACAAUCGCACACGGCCAUACCUCCUGGUCCAUGUGGAGCAUGAGCUUCUGAUCUACGAAGCCUUCCCAUACGACCAGCAGCAGCCUCAAAACAACCUCAAAGUGCGCUUCAAAAAGGUGCCGCACAGCAUCAACUUCAGAGAGAAGAAAUCAAAGCAAAGAAGAGACAAAAAGACAGAGCUGGGGGCAUUAGAAGAUGGCUCUGCUCCCAAAAGUCGAAUCAGCCGCUUCAGGUAUUUUGAGGACAUCUCAGGAUACUCAGGGGUCUUUAUCUGUGGUCCCUCUCCUCACUGGAUGCUGGUUACCUCACGCGGAGCCUUGAGGUUACAUCCCAUGACAAUAGAUGGUGCUAUAGAGUCCUUCUCGCCAUUCCAUAACAUAAACUGCCCCAAAGGCUUCCUUUAUUUCAACAAACAGGGGGAGCUCAGGAUCAGUGUGCUGCCUACAUAUUUGUCUUACGAUGCUCCGUGGCCUGUGAGGAAAAUCCCCCUGAGGUGCACUGUCCACUAUGUGUCCUACCACGUAGAGUCCAAGGUGUAUGCAAUAUGCACCAGUGUGAAGGAGCUUUGCACGCGCAUCCCAAGAAUGACCGGAGAGGAAAAAGAGUUUGAGACCAUAACUAGAGACGAACGCUACAUCAAUCCUCUGCAGGAGAGGUUUUCCAUCCAGCUCAUUUCCCCUGUCAGCUGGGAGACCAUUCCCAAUACCAGGAUUGAUCUGGAGGAGUGGGAGCAUGUGACCUGCAUGAAGACAGUGGCGCUGAGGAGCGAGGAGACUGUGUCGGGGCUGAAGGGCUACAUCGCAGCCGGGACCUGUCUGAUGCAGGGAGAGGAGGUCACGUGCAGAGGCCGGAUCUUGAUCCUUGAUGUGAUCGAGGUGGUCCCGGAGCCUGGCCAGCCUCUCACCAAAAACAAGUUCAAAGUGCUGUACGAGAAGGAGCAGAAGGGCCCGGUGACCGCAAUGUGCCACUGUAACGGGUACCUGGUCUCCGCCAUCGGACAGAAGAUCUUCCUCUGGGUUCUGAAGGACAACGACCUGACGGGCAUGGCCUUCAUCGACACGCAGCUCUACAUCCACCAGAUGCACAGUAUCAAGAACUUCAUUCUGGCCGCAGAUCUGAUGAAGAGCAUCUCUCUGCUCCGCUACCAGGUGGAGAGCAAGACGCUGUCGCUCGUCAGCCGGGAUGCCAAACCACUCGAGGUUUAUGGUGUGGAAUUUAUGGUGGACAACAACCAGCUUGGAUUUUUAGUUUCAGACCAGGACAAGAACCUGUUUGUGUACAUGUAUUUACCUGAAGCCAAGGAGAGCUUCGGUGGGAUGCGGCUCAUAAAGCGCGCAGACUUCAACGUGGGAGCUCAGGUUAACGCUUUCUGGAGGAUGCCCUGUAAAGGAGCCAUGGAUGCAGCCAGCAGGAAAGCACUCACCUGGGACAACAAGCAUAUCACAUGGUUUGCCACUCUGGACGGGGGUGUGGGUCUGCUGCUGCCCAUGCAGGAGAAGACGUAUCGCAGACUGCUCAUGUUGCAGAAUGCCCUCAACUCCAUGCUGCCUCAUCACGCCGGCCUCAACCCCAAGGCCUUCAGGAUGAUGCACUUUGACCGGCGAGGCCUGCAGAACUCGGCACGCAACAUUCUGGACGGAGAACUCCUGGCCAAGUACCUGUAUCUCAGCACCAUGGAGCGCAGCGAGUUAGCCAAAAAGAUUGGUACCACUCAGGAUAUAAUUCUGGACGACCUCUUGGACAUCGACAGAGUUACUGCUCAUUUCUGA